ACAAAAUAGAUGUAUCAAUGCCUCAGUAUUGCUCUUCCCUCGCUCUCGCUCUCUCUCUCUCUCCUCCACGCUGACAGGCGUUGUCCCAUCGAAGCGAGAGAUCUUCUAGUGGAAAACUAUAUCUGCAGCAUCUUGACUGAAGAAAUGGCGUCGCAGACGGCGAGUCCUCCCUCUCCUGCUGCUCCAGUGGUUUGCAAUGCUUUUGUUGAACAAUAUUACCAUAUUCUUCACCAAUCACCAGAGUCGGUUUACAGGUUUUAUCAGGACUCAAGCAUGCUAAGCCGGCCUGAACCCACUGGUGUAAUGACUUUGGCAACAACCGUGCAAGCCAUCAAUGAAAAGAUUCUUUCCUUGAACUCCACGGAAUUUAAGGCUGAGAUAAAGACUGCAGAUGCUCAGGAAUCUCACAAUGGUGGAGUGAUCGUCCUAGUAACUGGAUUCCUGACUGGGCUGGAUGAAGUUAGAAGGAAGUUCACCCAAACGUUCUUCCUUGCUCCACAAGACAAAGGUUUCUUUGUCCUCAAUGAUAUUUUUAGGUACAUGGAUGAAAAUGAAUCCAUUGAGACCAGUCCUGUGUUAGCCAAUGGUAUCAGUGAAAAUGCCCCAAGUGCUCCUUUAACUCCUGUUCCAGAGCCUGCUCCUGCUCUGGAUCGUCAUCUAUCAGACCCUGUAAUUCCUCUGUCCGAGGAGGAUCUUAACAAUGGCGAGGAAGUUUGUGAUCCAUCAGAUCAUGAAGAUUCAGUUGGUGGGGAAGAGGGCAUUGUGGACCCAGCAGCUCUUUCAAUUCAAAAUGAAGUGCAACCUAUUGCUGAAUCGGCUUCUUUGGUCCAAGUAGAUGCUCCCAAGAAGUCAUAUGCAUCCAUUGUUAAAGUUAUGAAGGAGAGUGCAGCGCCUAGAGCAGUGUAUGUACCCACCGCCACUGUCUGGAUGGCACCUGCAAGCACAGAGCAGCAAUCGCUUGCGUCAGCAGCCCCGCCUUCAGCACCUGAGACCCCAACUCCUAGUGACAGAAAUGCCCCUGAAAGCAGCAAUAUUCAUGAGGAAGCAGAGGGUCACUCCAUUUACAUCCGUGGUUUACCUUUGAACGCGACAGUCCUCCAGCUCGAGGAGGAGUUCAAGAAAUUCGGACCUAUUAGGACUGGUGGUGUUCAAGUCAGAAGCAAUAAGCAACAAGGAUUCUGUUUCGGUUUUGUUGAAUUUGAGUCAUCAAGUUCCAUGCAUAGCGCAAUUGAGGCUUCACCUAUCAUGCUUGGGGGCCGUCAAGCUUUUGUUGAGGAGAAGAAAACUACAUCUCGAGGCAAUGGCAGUGGGAGAGGGCGGUUCCCUCCUGGAAGGGGUGGUUUCCGAAGCGACAGUUUCAGAAGCCGUGGUAGCUUCGGCGGCGGGCGUGGAUAUGGAAGAGGCGAUUUCGGGGGCCGGGGCGACUUCUCAGGCCGUGGCCGGGGCCCAUCUGGCCGCAGUGGCGAGAGUUAUCAGAGAGUCGAUCAGAAUGGGAACAGCAGGGUGGGCCGUCCAAGUGGGAUGAACCAGACCGUAGUUUCUUCCUGAAAACACAACGAGCUGAUAACAGCACACCCGUGAUGAUAUUCAAUGGACGGGCCAUGGUUCCUCAACACAUAAUUGAGGUUGUCUUUUCUAAUUUUACUUCGACACCUGAGAAUUCAUUUUUGAUCGUGGAUAAAGUUUAGGUCUCUCUCUCUCUCUCUCUCUCUCUAGUUUUGAGAUUUACAUCAGCAAUGCGUAAUUAUCAGACUUCAUGCAAAAAAGGACAUUGAAUCUAUAUGAGAGAUUUCUUCA